AUGUAUAAUGGCUGGUAUAUUAAUGAACGUGAAGAGAGAUGCACGCAAUCAAUAAUAUUUUCAGAUGAUUACCCAGUGACGAGACUAAGAGGACAACUGAAAGGAAUCAAACGAAUACUUGAAGAACGUAAUCUGUGGCCAGCAAAAAAAAUUCGUUUAGUGUGUGAACGAUACUCAGAAAAAAAUAACGAUAAUCCAGAAAUUUUGAAUUGCUGUGCAUGGCGAAUUAUGUCACAACAGCCCGAUUUUUGUGAACAUUACAAUUAUAAGGACUUACUAAAACACGUUCCAGAGAUUCUUGUUAGUGUUCCUAUAACAACAACUCGUAAAUUUUCACGCAAGUCUUGGAGGUACAUGGAUGCUUAUUAUAAAGGUUUGAAGGGUCGAACUGCUGAAUGGGCUGUUA